AUGCCCGCCUUCUCCCGGGGCUUUGAUGCCUUCCUGCGCCAACACACCCUCCGCCUCCCCUCAUCCCUCCGCGCCGCCCUCUUCGGAACACGGGAAUCGUUCUUCACACCAACCACGAUACGGACGAUACGGCAGAACCGCUCCUUCACAUCCUCCGUACUCCGACGCUACCAAUAUCCCAAGACCAAUGUAGUCGCACCGAAACCCAGCUCAUUCGUGAGCAGCGACCCCGUCCUCCGCCAAGUCGUCCAAACCCGCCAGCCAGUCCUCCUCUACCAAGCGCCCAAGAACAAGUGGUACUAUUUGAAGGUGUACGGAACAGGAGCAUUAUGGAUUGGUGUCGGUGCCUUCUCGAUCAAGUUCAAUGACGACAUCAAAGACAACGGACUAUCCUUCUUCGUACGACCAACCUAUGUCGUGGUAGGAGUUGGCUUCAUUAUCAUCGGCUGCUACAUCUGUACCGCGCCUAGCAACCGUAUGCGCGCACUGGAAAUCCUUCCCAGUUUACAAGGCGGGCCCAUGCAAUUGCGUAUGGUUGUCAAGCCAGUGCCGUGGCUGAAAGAGCGCGUCAUAUACACAGAUUUGGGGAAAGCGACAAUAAGUGAGAAGACGGAGCCCAUGGUAGCUGAGCUGCUCGAGGCUGAACGGUUCAAGCGCCAGAAGCUUUGGGAUGACUUGGGACACAUGAACAUCGCGGCGCGUGCGUGGGAGGGUUCCGCGCGCUGGGUACAUCAGAAGUGGACUAACUUCUUUUUGAAGUUCAAGUUCGCCGUGCUGAGGUUUGGCAUUGCGAAGGUCAAGGUCAGGGGUGAUGAGUGGAAGAUUGACUGCUCGGGGUACUUGCUCGAGAACGGCAAAGCUGUCGAUCGAAUCAUACCUGAAGAAUAA